AUGGCUAAAUUGGUGUAUGCCGCUUCCGGACGGACGCGGCUGACAUUAGGGCGUCACCACCUAUGUACUCUGCGCCGUCAGAUCACAGAUGUGCUCACUCGCGAGUCGCGACGCUCUUGUCGGCUUCGGCCGAUCGGAUACCGUCCUCAGUCGCGUGCUCGAGCGCUUGACACACUCUUGCGCUCAACCUCUGCAAGAGCCUGCCGAGAUGCUAUCGAUGCUCUCGAUCGAUAG